GUUGGUUUCGAGGACGUCGGUAAAAGGAUUAGCUAUCGGAGACCCUGGCCUUCAGUUCUUCUCAGUGGUGCAGUUCGGACUAACAAAACAAGAUACAAGCAGUUUGCAAAACUGUACUCUUGCCGGUGCAAAUCAUCAUCAAAGUUACUGGAUAGCGUUUUUAACGCUUUACAGCCGUAUCUGACAUUUCUGUGGUCACUUUUAAUUUCUGAUUUUAAUGCAUUUGCUAACGGGGAUACGUGUGUUGAUGGAAACAAAACCUGGAGGCAGUUUAACAUCUAUAUCUGGUGAUGAUAGUGCAUCGGACACGGGGAAAUGCUUGCGAACUGACAGGACAUGCAAGCGCAAGGAGAAGAACAGAGUUGCAGCCCAGAAGAGCCGAAAGAAACAGACAGAGAGAGCAGAUGUACUACACCAGGAACUGCAGGCACUGGAGCAGUCAAACGUGGCGUACGAAAAGGAAAUAGCCAUGCUUCGGCUGGAGAUCGAGCAAUACAGCUCCGCCCUGAAACGGCACGAGCCUCAAUGCAACCUCCUCAUGUUCUCCGCUCCGGAGACGCUGCUGGGCGCCCCUGCCCCUGCCCCGGCUCCUGCCCCUGCCCCUGCCCCGGUCCCCAUCCUCACCCCUGCAGCCACCCCCCCUACAGAGCUUUCCCUCCCUGACCUCCUGACCUCACUGGAGACCGAAUGGCCUCAAUAUUGGGACUCUUGGUAGAGAUAGAGGUAGUGUGGGUAAUGUUGUAAUGUGGAGUGAAUUAUUUAUGAAACAUCGAGCCCCGGCAUCAUGCUCCAGUGUAACAUAGUCCUAUUUAUAAACAGAAAAGUAACUUUCUGUUCGCGAUAUGUUCGGGUUUCUUGUGAAAUAAAUCACGCAUUUUGUCUGUAUUGCAGUCCACACAGAAAUGCCCAUACGGCCUAUCCAGUAUCUACUUUUCAAAAUAAACGCACAAAGGACACUUUCUCUAAACUUACCUUUCUGUUAAAGUGAAGGGAAAUGUCACACGGAUACUCAUCAGUGACUCAAGGCAAUUCAGGCACUUCCAAGUAAUGUGUAACAUGUACAACAAUAUCAGCAUAUAUUUAUGACACUUGAGCAUGAUGCUGGGUUGGAAACAUAUUGUAUGUACACUAAAUGUGAAAUAUUUGAUAUUCAAUGUAUAGUAUUAUCCUGGGCCGGCCCAGUGUAGCAUUAAAACAGAUGACCCUGGCCUGGGGUUGGUGUGAGAAAGACGGGGAGGAAAAUAAGCUUUCAUACAAGUUAAGAACAAGCAUUUCCUGUUUGUAUUCUUGUUAUUCAAGUCGUAAUUCUGUAAAAUAGCAUUUCAUGUAUAAAUAUUUGAUCAUUAUGAAAUAAAUAUAUUUGCCUACUGUAUAUAUUUGGCAAGUACUUACAACUA